UAUAAAAUGUUUUACAGAAUUUGUAUAUGUGCUGGCCUCUUCUGGGACAUAUAUAAUAUUUAUAUUUUUUUAUUUUUUUAAAAAAAGGCAUUUUAGAAAAAUAUAAUUUUCAACCAAUAUAUGCAAGAGGGUAAGUUGGUCAACUUAAUAUAUGAGUGUUCAAUUUCCUACUUGUAUAAUUUUUUUUUCCAUUAAUUAUAGUUUUAUAAGCUUAUAUAAUCUUUAACCAAGUAUGUAAUUAGAGGGGGUAAGUUGGUCAAUUUAACAUAGAAGUGAUGGGUUGACGAAAUCGGAUCGGGUCGGGGCUAGCUAUUAAUAGUGGAACUAGAAUUAAAUCAACAAAUUAAGAAUUUCUAGCUUUCUCCCAGAAUUGUACAGCAAGCAGAUUGUGAUUGAUUGAAUAUGGUGAAUGAAGAUGCAGAAAUGCAGAGUUCCGAUAAGAAUGUUUUACAGUUACUGGAUUCUACAGACAGCUAUCUACUUCUUAUGAAUUCUCUUUCUUCUUCACUUCGCCAGGGAUGGCUGGAGUUGGCGAGUGCUAGGCAUUCCAUGGGUGCUUCGCGUAUCAGUAGUGCAUUGUUUGAUCUCAAAUCUCAUUCCGCUGCCACUACAUUGCAAUUAAAUCAUCAAGAUGCUGGACCUGAAUUAGAGAAAUCACAUUUCAGUUUGUGCAAGUGGGCAUCAUCUGAGAGUUCAAAAAGCUGUUCUGAGGAAGCGAAAUUUGAGGAGGAUAAGCUGUUACAGAAGAAAUCCAUUAGUCCAAAGUCUCUGAAUCAGGAGGGUUUGUCAAAUUCUGUUCAGGAAGAAGUGUCAGAAGCUCAAGAAACUACUGAAUCACCACGCACGCUGGAGGAUCAAGCUCGAAAAGAGCGACUCAAGUCAUUAUCCAUGUUUGGAGUGCUGGUCUGUCCAAAGCUUCGAGCUGCCCAAUCGUCAUUUGAGACAGCUUUGGAAACUCUUGUAGAAGUGGCAAAUAAACGGGCAGACCUUCUUAAUGCGUAUGACCAGGUUCGAGAACACAUGAAGACCACCAAAUGAGAGAAGAAGCCCUGUAUCUGGAGAUCGCCUCCUUCUGACUUUUGCCAAGGGGGAUAAAUCAAAUAAAUGCAAAUACGGCCCUGCCUAAAAAGGAAAACAAAAAGGAGAAAAGAAAAGAAGAGGAACAGACUCGAAGGUCUGCAGAUGGUGGUAUUUUUCGAACUGAUCUGUCUUUAAAACAAGUCUCUUCAUGCCUGGUGUCCUAACCACAAGUCGAUGUCUGUAUUUCUGCUUAUCUAUAAGAUUCUACAGUGUAAGUCCUUGCAUGUUUCAUGGUUUUUCCACAGGGCGCAUAUUUAAGUUGUGCAAUUCUGCGGUUUAAGUCCUUGCACAUUUCAUGUAGUUUCCCACAGGGUGCAUAUUUUAUUUGUGCAACUAACUCAAAACUUAUGAACUAGUCUUUUUUUUUUUUUU